AUGAAGUUCUCCAGCACCGUCGCCGCCUUCUCGGCUGUCGCGGGCGUCACCCUUGCCAUCCCCCAGGGAGCUUGGUACGGACGCCCGUUCCCACCUUACGACUACUCAGACAAGCCUCAGAGCAUCGACGCUGCCUCCCAUGGCGGAGACCGCCACGGCGCAUCCGCCAAUGGCACUAGCACUCGCGCCAUCGUCGCGGAUAGGGCUUCGACCACGACUACAACCACGGCCUCGGCCACAGCGAACUGGAAUGACUGGAGUGUGGACAGCGCACACACACAUCAAACUCAGAGCAUCGACGCGGCCUCCCACGGUGGCCGCAACGAGAGCCACGGCGCAUCUCACUCCACCAGCGCAGCCGCUGCGGUGGUGGCUGCGAACACCAGGACUACGGCCACGACUAUGGCGAGCAGCAUCUACCGGGCUGUAGAAGGCACACAUACAUACAGGUCUCAAAGCAUCGAUCCAGCAUCCAGCCGUGGCGACAACGACAUCCACGCCCACCGCGCAUCCACGACCACGACCACAGCAAUUUGGAACAACUGGGCCGUGGAAGACGCACACACAUACAAGGCUGAGAGCACUCACGCACACGUCAAUGACCCUAGCAGUGCCACUCCGGUGAGGGCUGCGACCACCACGAUCACCACUACAACGAACAACAACAACCGGCAUGUGGACGGCACACAUACGGCCUCCACGACCACCGCCAACCGCAACCACUGGGACAGCAGGGGUUUAAUUGAGAGCAUCAACGCGAUCCUCGCCCCAGCCUCCAACAUCGACAACGACUCCCACGGCGCAUCCACCACAAGCACUCUUUCUUUCGCCGCAGCGGCUACGACCACAACCACGACCGCAGCAAACCAUAAUAUCCAUGUUGUGGACGGCUCGCACACAACCUCCGUGCCCACGACCGCAGCGAACUGGAACGACUGGGUUGUAGACAGCGUCGACGCACACAAGGCUCAGGGCACCGACCCAGCUUCCCACGGCGGCCACAGCCACGGCGAAUCCAUCAAUGGCACUCGCUCUUUCGCCGGGGUGGAGGUUGCGAAGACCACGAGUACGACCACAGCGCACCACAACAGUCGGGCUGCGGAUGGGGCGCACACGGCCUCUACAACCACAACCGUAGCAGAAUGGAGCAACUGGGUUGUGGACGGCGCAGACCCGUACAAGUCUCAGAGUGUCGAUGCCACCUCCCACAGCGGUAAGGACAGCCACGGCACAACUGCCACCAGCACUCGCUCUUACGCCACAGCAGAGGCCGCGAAAACCACGACCGCGGAUCCUGCCAACUGGAACAACUGGGUUGUCGACGGCGAACACACGUCCACCACCACCGUGACCCACAAGUCUGUGGACGCAUACGAAAGGUCUACGACCUCAACCCGGACCACGGACCCUGCCGACUGGAAUAACUGGGUUAUCGAUGGCGAACACAAGAGCACAACCUCGGCGAACCACAAGAGUGUGGACAGUGCACAUACGACCUCCUCGACCGAGGCCACGACCACGACCACGGACCCUGCGAAGUGGAACGACUGGGUUCUAGACGGUGCACACACCACGAGCACAGCGAGCACAGCGAGCCACAAGUCUGUGGAUGCACACGAGACCUCGACAACCACAACUGCGGCCGCUGAUCCAGCGAACUGGAAUAACUGGAUUUUGGACGGCGAACACACGACCACGACCACGACGAACCACAAGAGCAUUGACGCACACACGACUUCCACGACGACGGCCAAAACCGCGAUCACAGACCCGGCGAACUGGAACGACUGGAUCGUGAACGACGCGCACACGAGCACCACCUCAGCGAACGACAAGAAUGUGGACGCACACGAGACCUCCAAGACCACAACCUCCACGACGACGAUCGCGGACCCGGCGAACUGGAACAACUGGGUUGUGGACGGCGCACAUGCGACCUCUACAAGCACAACUACGAGCACAGUGAACCACAAGGACCGGAGUGUCCACGACGUACACACGACCUCGACGACUUCGGACCCCGCAAACUGGAAUAACUGGGUUGUGGACGAAGGACACCCGUACAGCCACACGACGACGACCAUCGCCGCCGUCGCUGCCACAACCUCCACAACUUCCACCUCCUCCACCAGCUCCCACAGCAGCACGGCAUGCCUCAGCCACGCCGCGGCCUCCAGCGUGGUCAACAGCUUCGCCUCCCUCCUGACCGCCUACGACGACGCGACUGCCGAGAAACUCCUCUCCCCCUCCUUCACCGACUCUUCAGACUCGACCAACUUCUUGGCCGGCAAGCCGCUGGGCAGCGCGACAUUCGCGAGCAAACGCGCCUUUCAGCAGGGCCAGGGCCAGGCCGCGCAACCGUCCACCAAGUUCAACGUGCUGUCCAUCGACGCCGUGACCUGCGACGUCAUCGCGUUCCGGUGGGAGGCCGUUUUCGCCAACACUGGUGCCGGUGCCGGUGAGGGUGCCGGUGUUCCCGUGAAAGGCAUCAAUAUCCUCCACACGGUCAACCCGACCGGCGCGGCCGACGGGUGGCAGAUCGAGCGCGUCUUCUCCGAGUUCAACUCGGCCGUCUGGACCGUCGGGGCUGGCGGGUCCUGUGCGCCGCCUCCGGCGCAGCAGCACGGUCAAGCUCAAGCGAAAGGACAGGCGUAA